CAAUACUCCCUGGUACUAUUAUUUUAGUGCAGUUAGAAAAUUUGAAGAAAUAAUAAAAUGAUUUGCGCAAGGAAAAGUAAGCAGGUGUUUCCCCCAGUGCCGUGUCAAUGGAAAGAAUGCGUUGAACUUUUUACCGAUGAUUGGAAAUUGAAUGAGCAUAUAAAAAGACAUUUGGAUGUGUAUGUUGAGGAAGAUAACGAAACAUUUUAUUGCCCAUGGAAUGAAUGCAACUUUUUUACCAUUGAUUAUACAGAAUUUAAGCGCCACAUAUAUUAUCAUGGAUAUUACAGUGCACUUGUAGUAAGAGGAAAAUAUGAAUGUGAGCAAAAUCCAAAUAUUCCUAAUUGCAGUGCGCGUCCAAAAGAAGCUGAUAAGAUCCCCGAUUUGAAGUGUAACUUUCUUUGUGAAUGGACCGAUUGUCAAAGAACAUUUGUGUCUAUAGUCGAAUUUCAAGAUCACAUUGUUCAGCAUGCAUUAUUUGAAUACGAGAUCCAGAAAUCUCCGAAUGAUACGCGACCAAAAGUUAAAUGCAAAUGGAGCAUAUGCCACAAGCAUUUAGAAAAUAAGUAUAGAUUAAUUGAACAUAUCUUUACUCACGCGAAUAAAAAAUCACUAGCAUGUUAUCACUGCGGUGAAGUAUUUAGGACUAGGACUACUUUAUUUGAUCAUCUAAGAAGACAACCUGAAAAUAAUACUCACAAGUUUCAAUGCGAGCAGUGUUUUAAAUAUUUUGCGACCGAGAAACUAUUAAGAUCCCAUUUCUUAAAACAUGUAAAUUGUUACAAGUGUAGUCUUUGUAAUAUGUCUUGCCCGUCUUCAAGUUCAUUAGCCACACACAUACGUUAUCGGCACCUGAAGGAUAAGCCUUUCAAAUGUACUGAAUGUGAACAUCGUUGUGUACGAAAAAGCGACUUGCAAAAACAUAUGAAUCACAUUCAUAGCAAUCAAGUUCAUCGUUGUCAGCAAUCUGGUUGUAAUUAUGCUGUCCGGACAUAUAAUUUAUUAAGACGACAUUGUUUGGAAGUUCAUGGCAAUAGUCCUUUUAUUUACAUGUGUCAUUGCUGCGAUAAAUUAUUCAAGCAUAGUAAAUAUCUGUCAAAGCAUUUGAUCAAGAAACAUGAUUUUAAACUACCAUCAGGACAUAAACGGUUUACAUAUCGUAUUGAUGAAAAUGGUUUUUACUUACUUGAAACAUUGCGCAUUGAAAGCCUAGAAGUAACUAAACAAAUUUUGUCACCCCAUGCCAUGGAAGCAUCGGAUGUAACACAGGAUAGUAGUUGUUAUGAGAUUGUCUCUAUGACUCACGAACAUGAUCAACGUGUAAUUGUUGCAAAUGAUCCAAGUGAAGCACAAUUAGUAGGUGAAGUUGUUAUAUCAUUGCCUAUAGGCAAUGAGAGUUGAUUCCAUAAUAAAACAAUAAACAAAUUUAACGGUUUUAA